GUAUACUUUAGAGGAGGUAUCUAUAGGGCUGACCUGGGCUAUCUAGGGAUAAUCGGUGAUGUGGAUCACCGUGCCGAUUUAACCAAACAUACUUAACCAAACCAACGUUCCUCCCGCCAUAAUAAAGCUACCUGCCUCGUACGAAGCCCGCGCUUUGAAUAACUUAUUGUUUCCACGUAACGACUGCAACUUCGAGGUCAAGAUGUUCACCAGUUUCGGCCCAUCUUCAGCUCAAUAUGGGAAUGUGAUAUUCAAAAACGACAUCAAUCCAAAUUCCAGGCAGAGAGUCGCUACAAGAGAUGGUAAAGAGGCCAAGACAAGCAGUGACGUUGCUCAAUCAAGUAGCCAGCAUGCUCGAGACCAUUUGACCAUUAAUACGGCUAUCUUUACGCCGUUAGAGGGAAACUAUCUCCACUGGUCGCUCGUUAUUCACGAUUGCGAUGCCCAGGAGGCAGACGCUUGGCAUAUCUGGGAAGUUGCCCAAGAACAUCCCUUCGCGCCAUAUAAGGCAAAUUAUAUCCGCGUUGAUCCAACCCGCGAGACAAGGUUUCGACACUUAGUCAGAAUGGGCACCGUGCCUCGUGGUCGCCUAAAUGAAAUCCAAGCCGCUGUCCGGGCUGCUGAUGCCGCGGAGGAAGAGCGGGCCGCCCAGUGGAAUUGUCAGGAUUACGUCUUCGAGGUGUGGGAGAACAUCUGGAGAGAUGGACUCGUUACAGAAGAGACGUAUUAUGCAGCGCGUGAUGAGCUGCUAGACUACUAUGGUCCGGGCGCUAGUGGACCCGGAGAGGACGGGGAUGAAAAUGAGGCCGAAGAAAAUGAAGAGGAGCGCGAUGAAGAAGCUGAAAAGCCCCGUCGGAUUUUAUCGGAAGAGUUUGUUUAUGAUUCGGACGAAUAAACAUCAUGUAAUUCAUACCUUGAGCGAUAACUGUAGGAUCCACCAUUCUGUUAAAUCAUUU